AUGGAUUGGUUGUUCUUUCGUUAUCUGGAAGGAAUUCCAUCUCCACUGAGACCUCUCAUCCUUAACACCUCAUCUUCCAUUGAAGUUGCUCGAGAUAAAUUCUUUACCAUGCAACGACUGGUGGCUAAGAACAUUCCAGUUCCAAAAACAUGCAUUGCAAAAUUUCCACUGGAUAUCCAAAAGAUUGAAAACUCUUUGCUUUCCCCUCUCAUUUUCAAGAAAGCAUCAGGAUCUCAAGGAAAUGGUGUCAUGUUGGUUCAAGACAACGCUCAACUGGCCGACAUUGCUGAAUUGGUCGAUCCAAAUACCCAAUUAUUAAUUCAAGAGUUCAUUAAAGACUCCUCUGGAAAGGACAUUCGAGUCAUCGUGAUUGGUGGAAGAGCUAUUGGAGCAAUGAAAAGAAUUGCAAAUAAGGGAUUUAAAUCAAAUUUCCAUCAAGGAGGAAGAGUGGAACCAGUGCAGUUGACACUUGAAUUGGAAUUGUUGGCAGUAGAGAGUGCCAAAGCUUGUUGUUUAGACAUUGCAGGAGUGGACAUUUUGUUUGACGGAGAUUCCCAUAAGAUAUGUGAAGUGAAUUCUUCUCCAGGCUUUGAAGGUUUUGAAUUGGCAACGGGUAUUGAUGUGGCAAAAGAAAUUCUCAUGUAUUGUAAAAACAAUCUUAACUGUUGA